AUGUCUCUGACAAAAAAUCUAAGUGCAUUGCGAAAAUAUGCGUUGCUGUCUUCCAUUUCCCGAAGACUACUUGCACGACGAUUUUCGGAUUCGUGUCCAAAAAAAGGACUAGUUCUAGGAGUAUAUCGUUCAGAGGGCGAAGAUCCAAAAUUAACGCCGACCGCUGAACGAUUUAACGAGCGCGUAGGCGGCCGCCUCUGCGAGAUGAUUCGUGAGGUGGGCGACACGUACAAAGGCAAAGGCAAAGGCAAUGUAUUUAACAACCUUGAUCCUGAAUUUUUCUCUGUGUGUGUGGUAGAAAUUGGUAAAGAAGGAGCAGGGUACGAUCUUCUGGAAAAUAUUGAUGAAGGCCGCGAAAAUGUACGCGUGGCUGCUGCUACUGGUGUGACUCGUCUACGCAAGGAAGAUUUGGGCCAUAUUGCCGUAGAAGACAUGGGAUAUGCUCAAGAAGCAGCAGAAGGCGCUUCUUUGGCGGCUUGGCAAUAUCAAGAGUACAAGAAUAAGUGUUACCGUAAAAUAGUUCCAACAUUAGAACUAUUCGAAUCCUGCGAUACAGACGGCUGGACACGUGGACUAUAUCUAGCAGAUGCACAGAAUCUUGCUCGCCGUUUAUCUGAAGCCCCUUCAAACGCCAUGACGCCAACCUCGUUUGCUCAAGCUGCGGCUGAUGUGCUCUGUCCAUGCGGAAUUAAUGUCGAUGUGCGCGAUCGAUGUUGGCUCGAAAAAAAUCACAUGGAUCUUUUCCUGCAUAUUGCCAGAGGCUCGUGCGAGUCGCCUGUACUGCUUGAGAUAAACUACUGCGGCGGUGAUUCAGAAGAUAAGCCGAUUCUGCUAGUGGGAAAGGGAACUACUUUUGAUGCAGGUGGUCUGUACUUAAAACGUGAUGAUCCAGCAUUAGAUGAACAUAGAGCAGAUAUGGCCGGAGCUGCUAUGGUAAUUGCCAUCAUACGUGCUGCCUCGCUUCUUUCCCUGCCGAUUAAUCUAUGCUCCGUGCUUUGCCUCUGCGAGAAUAUGCCCAGUGGAAUGGCGUGUAAACCAGGUAAUAUAUUGCAGAAUCCAUAA